AUGACCAGCAUGCCCACGUUGCAAGGCUUUGGACCGAUCUCAACCAACCGACAAUCUCGACGACCGUCAGACCCACAUUCGAGUCAUUCAGCCCCUACAGCGUUUGCCAGUAUGCUGUCUUUGCAAGACGUCGAGGCAGACGACAUGGUCCCCGGAGAGAGAAACGAGCCAUGGAUGGGCAUUGGCGCGCUCGCAGCCCCGACAAUCCAACGAAAGCACAACCUCGAAGCGUCACCACUCAAUGGGGCCCUCUUGUCGACAAACGGUACCGAUAUCGCCAUGCCACACUGGCCAAACGACGACACAUUCUUUCCAGGUCACAUGCAAACGCAGCCCUGGACGUACCAGAACCAAUUCGACCCCUCGACUUUCAGCGCCUUCAGCGCCGACAACAACAACGCCUUCUCCUUCGACAGCCAGCCUUUCGACCUGCUCGCCUCCUCUGACUUCGACACCCCUUUCCACGCCGCGCCUCUUCCCGCACCUCCCGUCGACCCCUACCACAACACGCUCUCCCACGUGUCCACCGGCACGGGCCCCACCACGCUCCUCGACUCCGACGAGCACGGUCGCCGAGACACCCGGCGCGACGACGAACUCCUGUCUCUCCGCGCCCAGAACGUCUCGUACCGCGAGAUCAAGGAGAAGCACGGCUUCAAGGAGGCCGAGUCCACCCUUCGGGGUCGGUACCGGACCUUGACCAAGAACAAGGACGACCGCGUCCGGAAGCCGGCUUGGAAGCCUGAGGACGUCCAGAUCCUCGUCGCCGCCGUACACAGCUACGCGCAGGCCAACGACCUGCCCGACAAGGUGACGUGGGUCGACGGCAUGGGCUUCCUGUCGGACGAUAGCGCCGUGGGCAAGAUCGCCUGGAAGAAGGUGGCGGAGAUGAUGGCGGGCAUGGGCUGCUACCAUUACGGCAAUGCGACGGUCAAGAAGAAGUACGUGCAGCUGAGGCAGGAGAUGCUGCAGGGAGGGAGUGGAGGUGGUGGUGGUGGUGGUGGUGGAUGA